UUUACUAUCAACGUCAUUUAAAAGUUUGUCCGUGUUUGCGACGCAAGUGGAUUCAUAAAAAAAAUAAAUUAAAUUGAAUUAAAAUUAUUUAAUAUCAUCUUUUAUGUAAAUAUUUAUUGUUAUUGAAAUUUUCACCAUAAUAAAUCAAAUAAAACUUUACUUAUGAAAGUUUUUGAGAGAAAACUUUAAUAUCAACACGUGAUAUAAACAGGCUAAGUUGCGAGUGGUUUUCUUAAAUAAAAUGACAGAGAGCAAUGUUCUGGUGAUUGGUAGCGGAGGUCGGGAGCAUGCCAUAUGCUGGAAACUGGCGGAGUCCCCCAACGUGAAGCAUAUAUACUGCGCGCCGGGCAGCGUCGGCAUCUCUACCACCAACAAGGUGGAGAGUGUCGAGUUGGAUAUAAAGAAUUAUCCUGCCCUCGCAAAAUGGUGCAAAGACCAGAGCAUUGAUUUGGUAGUGAUUGGGCCCGAAGACCCUCUCGCCAAUGGUCUGGUAGACAACUUGACGCAGUAUGGCAUCCCAUGCUUUGGACCUACCAAGGCCGGCGCCCAGAUUGAGGCCAACAAGGACUGGUCCAAGAAGUUUAUGAACAAAUAUCAGAUACCGACGGCGAGGCACAAGUCAUUCACUGAUGCUGCGGCUGCAAAGGAAUUUAUUAAUAGUGCCCCGUACCCAGCGCUGGUGGUGAAAGCGUCCGGCCUCGCCGCCGGCAAGGGUGUGGUGGUGGCGUCCAGCAAGGAGGAGGCAUGCCAGGCCGUGGACGAGAUCCUGACAGACGCGAAGUACGGUUCGGCUGGAGAAAUCGUGGUCAUCGAGGAGUUACUUGAGGGUGAUGAAGUUUCCGUACUAGCCUUCACAGACGGCGAGACGGUAUCGAUGAUGCCCCCCGCGCAGGACCACAAGCGCAUCGGGGACGGGGACACGGGCCCCAACACGGGCGGCAUGGGCGCCUACUGUCCCUGCCCGCUCAUCACGCCUGACCAGCUCGCUGAUGUCAAGGACCAGGUGCUGCAGCGCGCUGUGGACGGACUGAAGGCUGAGGGCAUCAAAUACGUCGGAGUACUAUACGCCGGGUUGAUGGUCACCAAGUCUGGUCCGAUGACGCUGGAAUUCAACUGUCGUUUCGGCGACCCCGAGACUCAGGUCCUUAUGACGCUGCUAGACUCGGACCUCUACAACAUUAUGAAGGCGUGUGUCGACGGCACAUUGAAACAAAUUCAAGUGCAAUGGAACACUAAACUAUCGUCUGUUGGAGUUGUCAUCGCGUCCAAAGGAUACCCGGAGACUUCUACGAAAGGCUGCGUUAUUAGUGGGCUGUCGCAGGUGCAGUCGAACCCCGGCGUGGUGGUGUUCCACAGCGGCGUGGCGCGCGGCGCGAACGGCUCGCUGGUGACGUGGGGCGGGCGCGUGCUGGCCGUGUGCGCGCGCGCCGGCUCGCUGCGCGCCGCCGCCGCGCAGGCCGCCGCCGCCGCCGCCGCCAUCGACUUCCCCGGCGCGCACUACCGCAAGGACAUCGCGCACCGCGCCUUCUCCAAAAUCAACGGCCUCUCCUACCUGCAAAGUGGAGUAGACAUUGACGCUGCAGCUACCCUGGUCCGUGAGAUCGAGCCACUGGCCACAGCUACCCACAGGCCGGGGGUGUUGGGCAGGCUCGGAUGUUUCAGCGGCCUGUUCCAGCUCUCCGCCAUGGACCCCAAGCUGAAGGACCCAGUACUUGUCCAAGGCACUGAUGGAGUCGGUACUAAGAUUAAGAUUGCAGAAAUAAUGAAGAAGUACGAUACGAUCGGUCAGGAUUUAGUCGCUAUGUGCGUGAACGACAUAUUGUGCGCGGGCGCAGAGCCUUUUGCGUUCCUGGACUACAUUGCGUGCGGCCGCCUGCAGCUGGACGUAGCCACCACUAUCAUCAAGAGCAUCGCUGACGCCUGUAUAAUGUCUGGAUGCGCUUUGUUGGGUGGCGAGACAGCAGAGAUGCCGCCCAUGUACGAAGUGGGCAAGUACGACCUGGCGGGCUUCGCGGUGGGAGUGGUGGACAGCGACAAGCAGCUCCCACGAGCUGAUUCCAUCUGCGCUGGGGACGUGGUACUGGCCCUACCCUCUACUGGGAUCCACAGUAACGGGUACAGUCUGGUGCAAAAAAUCAUGAUCGAGACGGGGCAUAGAUUCAACGAGCCCGCUCCGUUCAGCACCUCAAACAAGACAUUCGGCGAAGAAUUCCUCGUACCAACCGGUAUCUACGUGCGGGCGCUCUUACCAGCUAUCAAGAAGGAACUUAUCAAGGGUCUGGCGCACAUCACCGGUGGUGGUUUACUUGAAAACAUUCCCAGGAUCCUGCCUGCGUCGGUCAAGGUCAAAAUAGAUGCUGACAAGUUCGGUAUAAAGCCGAUUUUUGGAUGGCUGCAGGCUAAAGGCUUAGUGUCAGAUUUUGAGAUGCUACGAACAUUCAACUGCGGCGUGGGAAUGGUAGUUAUAGCGGAUGAGAAAGACGUGCCGGAAUUGUUGGGCAUGGUAGAAGACUUGAAAGUCAUCGGUGUGGUCGAAGAAAUGGGCAAAGAAGGUGGUCAUCAAGUAGUAGUAGAGAACUUCAAACAAGCAAUGACCCCGCUCACCACACCGUACAUGAGAGGAGACUGCAUGCCUCAAAAGUCUCUGUCGUAUAAGGACAGUGGAGUCGACAUCGAGGCCGGGGACUCUCUCGUCUCUAUGAUCAAGCCACUGGCCAGAUCGACAACUCGGCCUGGUGUGUUGGGUGGUCUCGGAGGUUUUGGUGGAUGUUUCCAAUUGAAGGCGAUUGAGAGAGAAUACAAGGACCCGGUGCUGGUGGUGGCGGCGCAGGGCGUGGGCACGAAGCUGAAGGUGGCGCAGAAGGCGCGGCGGCACGGGUCGGUGGGCGCGGACCUGGUGGCGCUGUGUGCCAACGAGGUGGUGUGCCUGGGCGCGGCGCCGGUGACGUUCCUGGACUACUUCGCGUGCGGCGCGCUGGACGUGCGCACGGCGGCGGCCGUGGUGGCGGGCAUCGCCUCCGCCUGCACCAAGGCCGGCGCCGCGCUGCUCGGUGGUGAGACAGCUGAGAUGCCCGGCAUGUACGAAGCAGGCGUAUACGACAUAGCCGGGUUUGCGCUGGGAGUAGUGGAGCGUGCGCAGAUAUUACCAAAGAUUAACGACAUCAAUGUUGGUGACAUCAUUAUUGGUUUACCUUCAAGUGGCGUACACAGUAACGGCUUCAGUUUGAUUCAUAAAUUAAUGAAAAAGUCCGGACUUACGCUGGAAGACAAAGCGCCGUUCAGCCAAGAAGGAUUGACUUUGGCGGAGGAGCUGCUGCGGCCGACGCGGCUGUACGUGUCGGCGGCGCGCGCGGCGCUGCGCACGGGGCGCGUGAAGGGCGCGGCGGCGGUGGCGGGCGGCGGGCUGGUGACGGCCGUGCCGCGCCUGCUGCCCGCGCACGCGCGCGCGCGCCUCAACGCGCACUGGUGGCACGUGCACCCGGUAUUCGCGUGGAUAGCGGACGCUGGCGCUGUUCAGGACGACGAGAUGUUGCGCACCUUCAACUGCGGCAUUGGACUCGUGCUUAUAGUCUCCCCCGAGGACCAGGCUGAGGUGAUGAACGCGACGCGGUCGCACGGCGCGAUGGUGAUCGGCAGCGUGCAGGCGCGGCCCGCCGGCGGCGCGCGCAUCCUCGUCGACAACUUCGCCUCCGCCAUCGACUUCACGCGCCGCGUGCCGCUGCUGCCCAAGAAGAAGGUAGCAGUACUAGCUUCAGGCAAUGGCAGCAACCUGCAAGCCCUAAUCGACACAACCCUUGAUACGUCUGAGUGCGUGUGCGCAGAGAUCUCGCUGGUGAUCACCAACAAACGCGACGCGUACGCGCUUCAGCGAGCGGAGAAACACGGGAUACCAUCAUUGGUGUUCAAUCACAAAGACUACUCGUCCCGCGAGGAGUUCGACCGCGCGGUGUCGGCCGCGCUGGAGGCACAUCGGAUCGACCUCGUGUGCCUCGCCGGGUACAUGAGGAUCUUGUCCGCGGAGUUUGUACAGAAAUGGCACGGGCGGCUGAUCAACAUCCACCCAUCGCUGCUGCCGAAGUUCCCCGGACUGCACGCGCAGAAACAAUGCCUUGACGCGGGUGAAAAGGAAAGCGGAUGCACCAUACACUUUGUUGACGAGGGCAUGGACACGGGCCCGAUCAUCCUGCAGGAGUGCGUGCCGGUGCUGCCGUCGGACACGGAGGAGUCGCUGACGCAGCGCAUCCACUCGGCGGAGCACCGCGCCUACCCGCGCGCGCUGCGCCUGCUCGCCACCGGCCGCGUGCGCCUCAACGCGCAGGGACACAUCAUGUGGUACCAGUAACACCCUGUAUAUCACUCAGAAUAUAAAUCCCAAUGAUUAACUUUCACCCCUAGUGCUGCUCUUCAUACCUAUACCAAGUGCAUCUUCAAGGUUUUAUGGGGUAUGAAAAUUGGUUUCAUUACCCCUAUUUCUUUAUUCACUUGAUCCUACACCUACGUUCCUUGCCAAAUCAAAGCUCUCAAGCGCUGAUGUAUAGUAAAGUUCUUCUCAAAGCAAAAUCUAUAGAGAUGUGUUUACACUUUACAUUAUUCUGAUAGUUUCGUGACCUAAUGCCAUAUAUUCAGUAACCUCUGUAAACCUUGUAAGACUAGUAUAAAUGUUACUAUCUGGCAAUUGGCAAAUAAUGAAACAUUCCAAUGUAAAUGACGUGAAAUAUAAUUUAAGAGUAUCUUGAGGCGCCAAAAGAAGUAAUAAAUACACAAAGUAUGGAGUGAUUUAGAGGAAUUUUUAAGUCUCUGAGUGUUGCACAUGAUGACAGCCCUUAACUCAGUAUAAGAAAAUUGCCAUAUUAUAAAAUCUGUGAUGCAUUUUGCAUGCAUUUCCCCAGCAUACUUCCAACAAAUAUCUCGAAUCAACUUUUCCACUAGAAUACUCGACCUCGAAUUUGCCCUAAUGUAUAUAAUAUAAUACAUAGUUAAGUAGAUAAAAUAUAUUGUUUUAGAUUUGAUAAAUAUUUUGUUUAUAAACAUAAAGCUCAUAUCAAAUGUUAGUGCAUUUAACCACUAUUAUAAGUGGAUAUAUUGUUGUAAAAUUUAUAUUGUUAAGUAUAUAGAUUAGUGUAUGUUGUCAAUAAAACAUAUAUUUUCAA